CCUCCGUACUAUGUAUCUAGAUGCCUUUCAUGAUCGCCUAGCUCCCCUUAGUCGGUAGGUAUAAAAUUAAUUAUAUAUGAUUUUUAUGAAAUUACACGUCUUUAUUAGCUUAGUACCCAUACUUUGACGACACGCGCGGCGUUGAAGGACACCCGUUGAAGUCUACAGGCACGUGGCUGCCGGGGCUCGCCCAGAAGACAGAUAGCCCCGUCCAUUCGCCCCUUCCUUAGCUAAGGACAAGGUAACUACUGGUAUGGAACGGACGACGGAUGGGCUCCGCUCGGCCCAGCACAGGCGGUGACCCAGUUCAGGCUCCGAUUUGGACAAGAGCCGUGCUCGUCGGGCAGGCAGCACCAACCUCUCGUCGCUAGAACUCGAAGCUUUAUUCGCCCUUAAAUCAGAGGAAGGAAGGAGCGAUCCCCCAGACUCCGACUACAGUUCCCGUCGCCUUCAAUUGCAUGGGAGUAAUUCCUAUUUGCCCAACCCACAGACACCCAAGAUGCAGUCUUCAGACCCCAGACACUUUUUCGAGACUGACGCUGAGCAGGAGCUGAGGAAGAGACGCUCGGCCAAAGCCGGCAAUCGGCAUGGCAAUCCCAUCGUGCUCAAGUCAAAGAUCCUGGCCGCUAUAGCAGACCCAAGGUUUCCCUCGUCUGCCAUCCUCGUGGCCGAGUCGACGGGAUCAGUGCGCCAAGUGAAGCUGGAUGACGCCGAAAACGCCAAGCCAGUCGUCUACCGUGGCCCUGGUGCCCCAGUCUGCUCCAUCGCCGUCGGGGGCCCAGGGUUCGGCACUCUCUUCGCUGGUUCUUGGGACAAGGCCGUGUGGUCCUGGGACCUCGUCACCAAGGCACCCGGACGCAAGUAUCUGGGCCACUCUGACUUUGUCAAGGCGGUCGUCUGCGCACGGUUAGGAGACAAGCACGUCCUCAUUAGCGGUGGCGCGGACAAACGGAUCAUCGUCUGGGAUAUUGCUUCAGGCGAGCGGCUGCACACGCUGCAGGAUGGCAUCGUGAACAUGAUGAGCCUACAGGACCUUGUCGUUGACCAUGCCUCGUCGACGGCGGACGAAAUUCAUCUGCUCAGCGCCAGCAGUGACCCCCACAUCCGUCGCUGGAAGAUCCGGAGCGAUGGCUGGGAGAAGAUUGUCGACUCCUCCUCUGAUACGCCGGGCACCGAACGCCACACAAUUCUCGAACACGAGACAACCGUCUACAAACUUGUGUUCGACCAAGAUACAGACGAGGUCGACCUGUGGACGGCGAGCGGCGACGGCACGGCAAAAUGCCUGUCGCGGAUAACAGACUUUGCUGGCUGCGACGAUACAUUUAACCACGGCGGCCAUGUCCGUGCCGUGGCUGUCACGGACCAGUGGGUCAUCACGGCGGGGAGAGACGAAGAUGUUAAGUUCUGGGAUCGCUCGUCGGGACAGCUCCACUGCUCUCUCGAGGGCCACUACGACGAGGUGACCGACCUGAUCAUUAUCAAAAGCCCCAGCGGGGCCGCAAAGGUGUGCAGCGUGAGUAUUGACGGCACCGUCAGGACGUGGCCACUGGAAAAGGCCGCCCUGGGUGCCCUUGUCAAGGAGCAAGAGGCCCCCGUCGAAGCCACUGAUAAGGAAGAUGAAGACGAGGCUAAGGGCGGCGACUUGAUGACGGCCGACGAGGAAGCCGAACUCGCUGCACUCAUGGAAGAUGAUGAUUAG